CAGCGGCGGAGCGGCGGCCGCGCUGUCCGCGCCCAUGGAGCCGCCGGCCCGGACCCGGACCCGGACCCGGGCGCUGGCGCUGGCGCUGUCGGGGCUGGCGGCCGCCCUGUGCCUGGAGCCCGCGCAGCCCGAAUGCUAUACAGCCAAUGGGGCGGACUAUCGGGGCACGCAGAACCAAACCUCCCUACAUGCAGGGAAGCCUUGUCUCUUUUGGAAUGAGACCUUCCAGCACCCUUACAAUACCCUGAAAUACCCCAAUGGAGAAGGAGGGCUUGGGGAGCACAAUUACUGCAGGAACCCUGAUGGAGAUGUCAGCCCAUGGUGCUACAUUGCAGAGCAUGAGGACGGAGUGUACUGGAAAUACUGCGAGAUUCCAUCCUGCAGAAUGCCCGGAAAUCUUGGCUGUUACAAGGACCAUGGCAACCCACCUCCUCUGACUGGCACCAGCGAGACCUCCAAUAAGCUCACCAUCCAAACCUGCAUCAGCUUCUGCCGGAGUCAGCAGUUCAAGUUCGCAGGCAUGGAGUCCGGCUAUGCCUGCUUCUGCGGGAGUAAUCCCGACUACUGGCGCUACGGGGAGGCUGUCAGCACAGAGUGCAACAGCGUCUGCUUUGGGGACCACACGCAGCCCUGUGGCGGCGACGGCAGAGUCAUCCUCUUUGACACACUUAUUGGUGCCUGUGGAGGGAACUACACUGCUCCGACAUCAGUGAUCUAUUCCCCAGAUUUCCCCGACGUGUACGGCACAGGCAGGGUCUGCUACUGGACCAUACAAGUUCCAGGGGCAUCUCAGAUCCAUUUCAGCUUCGCUCUCUUUGACAUCAAGGACUCAGCAGACAUGGUGGAGGUGCUGGAUGGCUACACGUACCAUGUGCUGGCCCGCUUUGACAGCAGGAACCAGCCUCCCCUUUCUUUCAACGUCUCUUUGGACUCUGUCAUUCUGUAUUUCUUCUCAGACCAGAUAAAUCAGGCCCAGGGAUUUGCUGUCAGGUACACAGCGACCAAGGAGACGGUACAGCAGGACAAAGCCCCUGUCAACCUGACCCUCACCGAGGUGAUAACUGAACAAGCAAAUCUAAGUAUCAGUGCAGUGCGGUCUUCAAAAAUACUUUAUGUCAUCACGACCAGCCCAAGUCACGCCCCUGGCACCAUGCCUGAGUGGACAGUCUAUGGCCUUACAGCACUGCUCAUCUUGAGCGUCACUGCCAUACUGGCCAAGAUACUUCUGCACAUCACAAUGAAGUCUCACCAAGUGCCCUCUGCAGCUGGGAGAGAAGAUUCCUACCGGGCAACCCGUGCAAGCGAGAUCUGGAGUAUUUUUUAUGAGCCGUCCACAUCAAUCUCCAUCUUCAAGAAAAAACUUAAGUAUCAGCAAGAUGAUUGCAACCCCCUUGUGGAAGACUAAGUGCCAGUCGCUUCACGGGGCACGACGUUCUGCAACUCAAGGGACCUGGCGCUAAUUCUUUCCUCCCAGUCUGAGUCUUGUCUCCCAAGAUCUGCUCCUCCAUGGGCUUCGACUGGCCUUCCUUUCCUGUAGUUCUCCAAUGCACACCAGACACAGCAGAGCCAGCGGCUGUAACCAUUUGGAAGAAUCUGGUGCUUGCCAGAUCUCUCAUCCUGCUUAGUACUGCCAUUAAACUGGCGCACUUGAAACAGAAAUGAUCUCUCUAAAAUGGCAAUUCCCUGCACACCUGCAAAACAAGGGAAACGUGGAACCCGUGGAGAUCAACGCUCUGGGUCUGCUGGCACUGCCUUAGGCCCUCUGAGACUCCAAGCUGAGCCCAGGCAGAGAUGCCACUAUCAGUUCAGCUCCUGCCGCAACAGGUGGUGAACUGGCUCUUGCUGUAAAUAUUUCUAGCUGGCAGUGGACAGAGGUGAGCGAGUCAAAGACUUUGGAAAGGUAUCUGCCUGGUAGCCAGGGCUGUGCUAUUUAUGGCUGGCCUCUUUUCAGAAGCACAAAUAUAGCAAACCAAUCACACCUCAAAGGUGAAGUUAAGAAGAAAACACUCGAAGGCUCAGCUGCAAGCAGUAAUUUCCUGGGGUGGUGCCAUUGGACCAGACUCUGCAAGAGACAGAAAGAGCUUAAAAUGUGCGUGCCUGAGCGACUGCGCCCAGUGACUGCCUUUGAAAGGGGCACUGAGAGCAGCAAGGACACUGCCACAGCAGCCUUCUGCCACCCUGAUGCCCCGUCCCUUCCCGAUGUGACCACUGCGCUGCCUACCAAGGACUGAAAAUCAAGCUGGCAAUCCAGUAAACCUCAGAUGGUGAAGACAGCAAUCAAGAAUCCUCACAGCAAACGUUGGAGAUCUAAUCUACCCCAUUAGCAAAGGGUCAGGGCACUACAAGGGAUCCAUGGUAGCUGGCAAAUUACUGCUGGGUAUGUCAUUGUUCCUUCUCUUCACCAGUAAAGACAAUGAUAGAAGCAAAGCAAUAGCUCUGUGCCCAAGUCUGCCAGUUAGAAGCAGUCAAACAUGCCAUGUCUCUGAAGCACUCAGCAAGACCCAUUUAAUCCUUUUUUAAAGGGGAGGCAAUUGCCAAAAACCUCAUGCAGUCUAGAAGUAGAGUAGAGCGCGAGUAGGAUUAUGUUUUCUGAUGUGUAAUCCACAAGCGUGCGUGUGUGUGUGUGUGUAAGUGUCCUGUAACCACUGGAUCGUUUGCACAUCUGCACAGCCCCUGAACCCAAGUGCCUUAAGCAAACGCAUACAUAUUGGGGCAAGAGAUCUGUAACAAAUGGAUAUCUGUUCCAGCAAGCUGGAGUGUGAGAGUAAACACGGAUGCAUACAUAUGGGUUUGACAGAGAAACCUGCGGUGCUUUAGGGGACCAAAAAGGGACGUGUGCAUCAGCAGAAAAGAAAAAAGCCAAAACACAGAAACACAAACAUUGUCCUCAAGGCACCUGGAAAGAUGUGACAUGCAUAUGUAAUCCCCGUAGACCCCAAACUGGGAUGUGAGAAAGAUGAGAAAGGGCAAGAUCAACCUGGAGCAUAGCAGAUUUGUUUAAGCACACCAGCAAAAUCUGUAAACGAUUAUGUAUGCUUUAGAAACUGUUUGUUGUUUAAAAAUGGAGUCUCUGCAGUGAGAGCAGCUGAAAAAAGAAGCAAUAGUUUCCAUACCUCGGGACUUCAGCCUCCCCAGCAUUCCUGUGCUCGUGUCUAGACAGCAGGCUCAAUGUCUCUGUACAGGAGACUCCUUGAUGCAUCUAGCCCUCGCACCUGUUUCUAUUAUGACCUUAUCAACACCAUAUUUUAAGUGCAUUACAUACUUCCGCAAAACUGUGGGGCCAGGCACAGAAUCGUGGCAGACAAUCCAGAGCCCAGCGCUAAGUCAGGCUGCCCGGGCCGCGCAUUCCAGUCUGCAGAAGAAAGGGAAGUGGCAGAACAGCUGGGCUGUGUCUUCAGCGCGAGGUGGAAGUAUGUAAUGUGAGUAAUCAAAGCAAAGCCAAGACCCACUUGUACAAUAAUGGGGAAGAGAAAUGGAGAAGACCAGCAACAACCAACUCAGGAAAUCUAACCAAACAAAGCACAAUCGAGGCCAAGAAAAGUGACAGCUGCUGCUGUAGGAUUUGGGGCUGAAAGUGGUUUGGGAUAUUAUUCCUAACAAUAUCAAGGCCAAGAGUGCUUUCUCUUCAGUCCCUUUGAUGCAGAGGAUGGGAUUAUACCAGCACAGCUGUCUUCAUACUCUGCAGUAUUGGAGAGACAGCUUUGUUCCAGGAGGCUUUGGAAACAUUAGCACCAGUCUCACUCUCAACAUCCGACUGUUCUGAGCUAUCACAAAAGGUAUUCUCCAACACGGAAAUCAGGGGUGGUGGUGUGGUGUGGCGACACAGAGUGGGGCUGGAGUGCCCUUCAGGAGAGUUACAAAAGGGUUGCUGCAUUUGCAGCUGGAAAACCCAGGAGGCUUUUUGCAUGAGCUAGCUGGUGUCUGCAAGACCACUCUGUGUGCCAUUGCAAAGAGGCUCUUCUAUGGGAUCCAACCUCCAGGCUUGCCAGAGAAGCCCCCCUUGGAGAAGCGAGCAUCCAGGCCAACACCCUCAGCGGUCGGAAAUGGCCGUGGCUCCACUCAAGUCGACGGAGCGGCAGCAAGUCACGUCAGCUGAGGACACGUCCAUUCUCCAUGACUUCCAUGCUGGCCCGCUCUGCCUUGGGGAACCGUUUCAGUCUCCGGCUUGCUCAUGGAGCCGUGCUCACCACAGGGCUCCAGCGUCCAGGAGAAACAGGACUUUCUCCAUGUGCGUGUUUCUGAAGUCGUGCUCACGCUGCUGACUCCUAACCCAUUACCAGGGUCCAACAACAACGCAAAGUCGGGGUAAAACAGUCCCUGCUCUGUGACCGUCUCUUUACAAAACAAAUCAUUUAGGACACGUUUUCUAGCAACUUCAGGUCCCAGUCAAACUGCAAAGCUUCACCCGUCUGCCAGGUACUCUCAGCAGCCCAAAUAAGGGCCACAUGCAGCCCUUUAAUUCUUUCCAACAGCCACCGACCUCAAAGCCGCCUCCACACCUUUGCUCUGGCUGCUGCCCACAUCCAAUUAACCACACCAUGGCAUAAGGCCAUCCCAGAGAAGCUUCACCACCCCGUGGGCCCUGGGCUUGCCCAGGGACCAUUACCCAACCACAGUGUAGCAGGCUCCAGUCAGGGUGACCCCAGGCUCUGGGCAUGUUCGAUGCAGGCAUCUUGUCCAGUCGUAACCUGCCAGGAAUCGUAGUGCUUCGUUACUCCAAACCUCCACGCUUAACCUCCUGUUCGCCAAAGUGCCCUAUUACUCUCACAGGGCCGAGAUGCAAACGGGCCCUGGCCCGCACAGCCGUUUCCCUACCGGGUGGAGAGCUCUCCCUGACGGCGCCUCUGCCCAGGCAGCUCUUCUCCCUGCUCACCGCGGGCACGAGCAGGAAGGGCCCUGCACUCUGGAGGGUCAGGCCGCCGUACUUACACGAAAGAGGACCUCCACAAACCAGAGCGAGCUGCAGGACAGCGAGCUCGCCCUGCACGGGAUCGCGAGCAACAAGUUGCUCAAACAAAACAGUGAAGUUCAGCAAGGCCCUUCUAAAUGAAUCCCCGUUUUAAAGGAUAAGAAUAAAUGCUCGUGUCAGGUAUCCUGUGCCAUAAAAAUCCUGUGAUAAAAUUGACAGGGUCCCAGAUGGUUCCUUAAAAAGAAGGAAUAAUUUCUCUUCCAUCACAAGCCUCCUGCAAGAAGGGGGAAGAGGCAGGCUGCAGGAAACUGCUGUGGUGAACAGAGGGAUGAAGCAAGAGGAACGGGGAGACAGACGAGUAACAAAAAUGCUGGUGCUCUCAGGCUUAUAUAUUAGUCACGGGGAAAGAAAAAAGAUCAGCUGUGCUACUCCAUGCUCCUCAGCAAACUUUUCUUUUUUUGAAUCAGACCACGAGGAAGCUACAUUUUGCUUCCCAAGAGCGUGAGAGUGAAGGGACUGGAAACAGAAUGACAGACGCUUGGAAAAAUGGGGAGCUUUUAUGUCUGAAGUCCGAGCUCCAAUGCUCUCUGGCUGCUAGCAACGCUGAUAGGAGAGGCCAGCACCUCUCUCAGCACGCUUCACGCCCUGGAUGUCAUCAGCUGGGGCAUGGAGCCAAGAAGCUGGGGACCCCUGUAAUAGGAAGCCAAAAAAAGGCUUAGAAAUAUGCAAUUUUUGCUAGUCUGACAUAUCUCAUGCCAGCUAGAAAAGCAAAAAAAACUGUUUCAGCAUCUAAUUGAAAGCUGUUGGGACUGUUCAUUUUGUAUCUUGGAAAACAGCGAUAUGAUCUCAGAUGGGAAAGCACACUAGGACUGCAGCUUUACAGAGCACAGCCGCUCGGGAACAAGAGGUGGAGUUUUGAUUCAGACCUGCCGAGUCUGUCGGCUGUGAAACGAGAUGCCGCUUGGCCCUUUCUCAGUUUGUUCAAGAACCUAUGGCAGACUUCCAUUCGUACUCCCAGAUCCCUGGUGUGGUACCGAGCGGCCCAAUCCUUUGGGCAAGAUUCCUGAAGGAAGCAGGGGUGUAGGUUUUAGCCGUGUUGGUGUAAGGAAGCAGGGCACUUCUGUGCCACUUGCGUCCACAACUCAGGUCCUCAGCAUCCGUGCUGCCACCGCCGCGUCUCCCAGGGACCCGCACUGGGCCAGAGAGCAUGACGUUGCAGCCUGAGGGUUGGGGCACUCCCCUGGGAACUAGCUCCUGCUCCAGUGAAUAUUCAGGAUUUGAGACCAAGCUGAAGAGUUUCAAGAGGGGAGAGUGGGGCCACACCCAGCCGACCCCUCAGCCCAGAGGCGUGGACGCUCCCUGGGAUGCAGUGCUGCAUUAAAUCCCUGUGCAAAUCAGAUCAGCACUGGGUGGUGGCGCACGAUGGCACAGGCAGCUGCAGCAGCACCUCCUCCGCUGUGCGAGGAAGGCGUGGUGGGGCUUAGUGCUGGUCCCAAAGCACUGAACCCUCUCUGGACUGGGGAUGGAGGUCAGGGCUGCCCUCCUGCCCAGAGGAAGACACCUACCUACCUACCUACCUACGGACCAGGGGGAGCAGAGCACCAACCGCACCCCUCCGCAGCAGUGCCGCUGGCUAGCCUAGGCAGCUGGCUGGCUAACUGCCACCUGUGCAGUGUGGGGAGCCUGGGGCCUGCCGUCUAAUGCGGGCAGCGAGUUGCGCUCAGCAGCCCAGAGCCUCGGACUUGAGCAUCGCAGCGCUGAGUCCAAGCCCGUUGUGGAUCCCGACCGAGUCCACGCGCAGCCGUGUUUGCUUGGCAGACAGGCGCCAGAGGCAGUGGAACCGCUCUGCAAGAGCCGCGCGGAGCAGAAAGACUUCACUCAGCCAGUAAUUACCACAUAGUUUCUAGCGAGAGGUGAAUACAUGGGAACAUCUAGUGCCUUCUUGCUUGAACCUGUUAGAAGAGUUGCUUGGAAAGGUAAUUAAAGCACUGAUAAAAUUCAGGGGAGGGAAUAUUUUGGUGAAAAGCACAUUAACCCUUCGGUCUCCUAGGGCCCAGUGCAGCUGUGGCAGCACGCAGCUCAGUCUGGGCAGUCUGCCUAUGUGCAGGUGAGUUUUGCAGCCCUCCGAACUGCCACGCUGCCAGCGCCCGAACUGUGAGGCACCGGUGACAGCAGUGUGUACGUACCUUCAGUAAAGUCUGUUCUUGGUGGUAAAUAGUGUAAAAACGCUCAUGUAUUUAUUCAUUAUUAAUGGUCUCUGGGUGCAGCCCUGGCAGGAUUUUUGUACCUGUUUAUUAUUUAAUAAAAUUCUGUUUCUAGGGCCAUAUCAGUUCCAAAUUAAGUUCCAAAUUUCGACUGAGCAGAGCUCAAUCAUUCAAGUUGGUGUGGCACUACCACCAGCAGGUCUCCUAUGUCCCGCACUCAGUCUGGGGCUUCAGAUCCUCCCAGAGCCAUGGCAGGAUCCUACGGACAAGCCCAAGCCUGGAAGCCUUGGGGUUCAGAUGCCUCCUAUUCUCACUUGCCCCGAGCCAAAAGAUUGAAGGGCAAGCGAGGGGGAAAGCCCACACACAAUCCCGCAUCUACCAUAGACUCUGCCUGCAUUACCGGUCUAUGCUCAUGCUUGGUGACGCAGACAUGCCCCUGCAUCCUUGGUAGAUGGCAUCUCGGCUCCUGCUAGCCACACUGAUGGAAAUCUUGUAGCCCCACCUCUGCCACUGUGUAGGGAAGGUUAGCUUUCCAGGGGACUUUGCAUUUAGCCAGAAGUCAUACAAAGCAGAGGAAUGACAAAAUGCAUCACCUGCCUUUCUUCUCAAGCAUGCAGUUGGACAUUACUGUAGUGCCAGAUAGGGAGAGGAAAUGCGGUUCAGUAACUCCGCGCUGGCAUUCACUCGGUAGUAAUCACUGACUGUGCACCCCCAGCACGGGUCCGCUCCCUUACGCCUUGUUCUGGUGCAAAGCCAGGCCCAGCGGUGCUCUGGGCUCUGUCCCACCCCUUCGCUGCUCUCCGCAGAGCUUUUUUUUAAUCCGGGCAGUGCCUCUGAUCUCUUUCUAACCUCACGAGAUCAGUUUGGCUCCUCGGAGUUCACGAAACAAGCAGCUCUCAGUUCUGGAUGGGUGCCUAUCGGGGUGUCCUGGGCCACUUCCCUGGCAGGGGAGGGAGCAGGACACUUUCCUGCUUAUCUUUUCUGUCUUAAGUUGUAGGAAUUUCAUUUUUCUAAAAUGCUUAGCACCAUCAACAUGAAAUCAAGCCAGUUUCCAAAACGGGGUUAACAUAGACCUUUGCCAUGUUGCACCUGUUCUUGAGAGCCUCUGCUUAUUUUAUCUUUUGAAAAUGUCUUCUGAGGUUUUCAAUUUGUUUGAAUGUCCUUCUGCUGCAUGAAGCAACCAUACAAGCACCAGAUCAACUGAAAAGAUCAUGUGGGGCAAGAAGGGAACAUGACUACAACUGGGACCCGCGCACGGUACACAUGCUGAAGGGAAGGGACAAAAAACACGCAUUUCUCUUAUUCUUCCAGACACACUGAUCCCAGACCUGGCCUCCAAAAGCAGUAGUUAAGAAUGAUAUGAUACCGAAGUGCAGUUGAUCGUUUUUCUUGUUAACCACCCUCCUUACAACCUGAGGCUACUUCUUUUCCCAGAAUUAUGCCAGGACUUUCAGCCUGGUCACCUUCCACAGAAACAUGGACAUGCCUAUAGUAGAGCUAGCCAUCCCUCCAACGUGCAGGACACCCGGAGCGGUGGGGUCCUUCCUCUCUUCUGUGGCUUCAGCAGUAAGUCGAUGUCUGACACCAAAUCCCUCCCCAUGCGGCCUCCUAGGAACUCCCUCUGCCAUGCUGGCAAUUUAGCAUCUGAGAGCAGUUCAACCUGAGGGCAUCCCUCCAGGUGCGACACUCCUGUCUCUCCAGUACUUGUGUAGACAAAUCAAAACUAAUCGUCGAGCAGGAAUUUGUGUGGAAUCUCACCCCCAUGGCCUUUGGCCCACCCUCCCUAACAUCUGCUUCAAAGGAGGCAGCAGCCCUUCAGGGCUUUAACCAGGGUUGACGCUGGAAAGUAGCAUGUUCAUUUAAGUACUCUAGAUCACUUAAGUCAAUGCAUCUCGUGUUCUGGGGAUAGCAAUGCGGGUAUUCUUCUGCUUCCAAGGCUGGUUUUCCAUGUACCUUUGUCUUACUAUCCCACUGUUGGGGAAAAACAGAGAUUGUAUUAUUUAAGGAGAUAUUAAAAUAUAAGAAAGUG